UCCGCCCCCUUCCUCCCUCCGCUCCCCGGACGCCGCCGCCGCUUCCUCGGUGCCGCUUCCUCUCGCGGAGACCUUCACCGCGACCCCCGGCGCCAUGGCUUCCUCCGCCGGAUCCGCCUCCUCCUCGGCAGCCGGCUCCGCCCAGGCGCCCGUCCUCCAGCGCGGCAUCGUCAAGAUGGUCCUUUCGGGCUGCGCCAUCAUCGUCCGGGGGCAGCCCCGGGGCGGCCCACCGCCUGAAAGACAGAUCAAUCUCAGCAACAUCCGCGCUGGGACUCUGGCACGCCGAGCAGCUGCAGGGCAGCCCGAUGGCAAGGACACCCCUGAUGAGCCGUGGGCAUUUCCGGCUCGUGAGUUUCUGCGGAAGAAGUUGAUUGGUAAAGAUGUUUGCUUCUCCGUGGACUACAAGACCUCUCCCCGGCGGGAGUACGGCAUGGUGUACCUGGGCAAAGACACAGCCGGGGAGAACAUUGCCGAGUCCCUGGUGGCCGAGGGGCUGGCCUGCCGCCGGGAAGGGAUCCGAGCCAAUACUCCUGAGCAGAGCAGACUGGCUGAGCUGGAGGAGCAGGCCAAGACCGCCAAGAAGGGGAUGUGGAGUGAAGGAACGGGGUCCCACACGCUCCGAGACCUCAAGUACACCAUUGAGAACCCCCGGCACUUCGUGGACUCCAUGCACCAGAAGCCGGUGAAUGCCAUCAUCGAACACGUCCGGGAUGGGAGUGUCGUCCGGGCUCUGCUCCUGCCAGACUACUACCUGGUCACCGUCAUGUUGUCCGGCAUCAAGUGCCCCACGUUCAAGCGGGAAGCAGACGGCACGGAGACCCCCGAGCCCUUUGCGGCAGAAGCCAAGUUUUUCACAGAGUCGCGGCUGCUGCAGAGGGACGUGCAGAUUGUCCUGGAGAGCUGCCACAACCAGAACAUCCUGGGCACCAUCCUGCACCCGAAUGGGAACAUCACGGAGCUGCUGCUGAAGGAAGGAUUUGCGCGCUGCGUUGACUGGUCCAUGGCCGUCUACACCCGGGGGGCAGAGAAGCUGCGGGCCGCGGAACGGUAUGCCAAGGAGCACAAGCUGAGGAUCUGGAGGGACUACGUGGCUCCCACGGCCAACCUGGACCAGAAGGAGAAGCAGUUUCAGGCCAAGGUGGUGCAGGUGCUCAAUGCAGAUGCCAUUGUGGUGAAGCUGAAUUCUGGGGACUACAAAACCAUCCACCUCUCCAGCAUCCGGCCUCCCAGACUGGAAGGAGAAGGCCCUCAGGACAAGAACCGGAAGCUCCGUCCUCUCUACGACAUCCCCUACAUGUUUGAGGCCAGGGAGUUCCUGCGCAGGAAGCUGAUCGGGAAGAAGGUGAGCGUCACGGUGGACUACAUCCGGCCAGCCAGCGGGGCGACCGACACGGUUCCCGCCUUCUCGGAGCGCACCUGUGCCACCGUCACCAUUGGCGGCAUCAACAUUGCCGAAGCGCUGGUCAGCAAGGGACUGGCCACUGUCAUCCGCUACCGCCAGGACGAUGACCAGCGCUCCUCCCACUAUGAUGAGCUGCUGGCUGCUGAGGCCCGGGCGGUCAAGAAUGGCAAAGGCUUGCACAGCAAGAAGGAGGUCCCAAUCCACCGAGUGGCUGACAUCUCCGGGGACACCCAGAAGGCCAAGCAGUUCCUGCCUUUCCUGCAGCGGGCCGGCCGCUCGGAAGCGGUGGUGGAAUACGUCUUCAGUGGCUCCCGCCUGAAGCUCUACCUGCCCAAGGAGACCUGCCUGAUCACCUUCUUGCUGGCAGGCAUCGAAUGUCCCCGUGGAGCCCGGAACCUGCCAGGCCUGGUCCAGGAAGGGGAGCCCUUCAGCGAAGAAGCCAUGCUGUUCACAAAAGAACUGGUGCUGCAGCGAGAGGUGGAGGUGGAAGUGGAGGGCAUGGACAAGGCCGGCAACUUCAUUGGGUGGCUGCACAUCGAGGGGGUCAACCUCUCGGUGGCCCUGGUGGAGCAGGCCCUCUCCAAAGUGCACUUCACAGCCGAGCGCAGCAACUACUAUAAGCCCCUGACGGUGGCCGAGGCCUCUGCCAAGCAGAAGAAGGAGAAGGUGUGGUCACAGUAUGAGGAGCCCCCCGUGGAAGACGUGGUGCCCCUGGCUGAGGAGAAGGAGCGCACGGUCAACUACAAGCCCGUCUUUGUGACCGAGGUCACCGACGAUCUCCACUUCUACGUGCAGGAUGUGGAGACGGGGACCCAGCUGGAGAAACUGAUGGAGAACAUGAGGGGCGAGAUUGCCGCCUGCCCCCCCGUGGAGGGGGCCUACACCCCCCGUCGUGGGGACUUCUGCAUUGCCAAAUUUGUGGAUGGAGAAUGGUACCGGGCGCGGGUGGAGAAGGUGGAGUCCCUGGCCAAGGUGCACGUCUUCUACAUCGACUACGGCAAUAAGGAGACCCUGCCUUCCACCCGCCUGGCCACCCUGCCUCAGGCCUUUGGCUCCCGGGUCCUGCCAGCCCAGGCCACCGAAUACAAGUUUGCCUUCAUCCAGGUGCCUCAGGAUGAGGAGGCCCGAGCGGACGCAGUGGACAGUGCCGUGCGGGACAUCCAGAACACGCAGUGCCUGCUGAACGUGGAGUACGUGGGGCCCAGCUGCACCCACGUCACGCUGCAGUUUGCCGACUCCAAGGCUGACGUGGGGCUAGGGAUGGUCAAGGCGGGGCUGCUCAUGGUGGAGCCCCGCAAGGAGAAGCAGUUCCAGAAAGUGAUCACCGAGUACCUGAACGCGCAGGAGUCGGCCAAGGGUGCCCGACUGAACCUGUGGCGUUACGGAGACUUCCGCGCUGACGAUGCUGAUGAAUUUGGCUACAGUCGCUGAGACCCUCUCCACCCCCCCCACCCCCGGCCUCCUGAUGGGCAAGCAGGAGAAGCGAUUUAAGCCAAGCUUUGGAAGCAAAUAAAAGUAGUGAGAAGCUGG